AUGGCUCAAUUCAAAGACCUUUUAUUGCCACAUGGCCGCACGGAACUAUGCAAUUCCGUGCUACCGGGACUUCUAGACUGCAUUGCUGACAUCGCAAAGUCACUACGUCAGUCUCAGCACGUCUCCCUAGCGGGAACCACAAACACAUUUGGUGAUGGCCAGUUGAACGUCGACAUCGCAGCAGAGAACCUUCUCCGAGCUGCACUUGCCAAAUGUCCCUCCGUCCUGACAGCGAGCAGUGAAGAAGAGCCAAUUGAGCGAUCUGCCCGCGACGGCGAAACCGCGGAGAAUGUUUCCACUGGCUCAGAAAAGUACACUGUCGCCUUUGACCCGCUAGACGGGAGUUCCAUCAUUGCCCCCAACUGGACCGUGGGAACUAUCAUCGGUAUUUGGGACGGAAGCUCGGCGAUCCACCAACAGCCCUCCGAGAAACAAAUUGCCUCCAUCUUAGGUGUCUAUGGUCCCCGUACUACCGCCAUCGUUGCCCUGAAGGUCCCUGGCGGCAAACCCCAAUGUCUUGAGAUCGGCAUCGGGGAGUCAGGACAAGAUCACGAAAUCAUUCGAUCCGAUGUCAAACUCGCGGACGCACCUUUCAAGACACGCUACUUUGCUCCGGCCAACCUUCGCGCUGCGGCUGAGAGCCCGGCUUACAUGCGUCUGAUUACACAGUACGUGGAGAAGAAGUAUACGCUUCGGUAUAGUGGCGGCUUGGUGCCUGAUGUGGUGCACGCGCUCGUGAAGGGCCACGGAGUGUACUUGUCGCCUGUGACUGGUGCGAGCGAGGCAAAGCUACGCCGCUUGUAUGAGCUGUUCCCUGUUGCACUGAUAGUGGAAUGUGCCGGAGGAAGGGCGAUUGAUCCUUCCAAUGGAGAGGAUAUCUUGAGUCGACCAUUGGAGAAUUGUGAUGAGAGAGCGGGGUUGAUCUGUGGAACGGCCGAGGAGGUUGAGAUUGUGAAAAAGGCACUGCUUGGUCAGUGA